GUGACAUCAACUGUGCUCAGAAUGUUUAUCCUCUGGACAAACCAGCCAGCCUCUCCAGAGCAGGCGUGUGAUCUCUGUACCCCGGCAGUGGUCAGAAUAUGGAGAACUUCUCACUCCUCAGCAUCUCUGGACCUCCAAUCUCUUCCUCCGCCCUGAGUGCUUUUCCCGACAUUAUGUUCUCUCGUGCCACCAGCCUGCCAGACAUUGCAAAGACAGCAGUACCCACUGAGGCAUCCAGCCCAGCUCAGGCCCUGCCACCCCAGUACCAAAGCAUCAUUGUCAGGCAAGGGAUACAGAACACAGUGCUCUCACCAGCAUCCUUGGCUCCACUGCUCCCUGCCAGAGACUCAGACCUGGUCCUUUCCUUUGCAGACUGCAGCUUGGGGGACACCCAGCACGGAGGGAAGCUGAGGCGGAACUGCACUAUCUACCGGCCCUGGUUCUCCCCCUACAGCUACUUCGUGUGUGCAGACAAAGAGAGCCAGCUGGAGGCCUAUGACUUCCCAGAGGUGCAGCAGGAUGAGGGCAAGUGGGACAACUGCCUUUCUGAGGACAUGGCUGAGAACAUCUGUUCGUCCUCUUCCUCCCCAGAGAACACUUGCCCUCGAGAAGCCACCAAGAAAUCCAGGCAUGGCCUGGACUCCAUCACAUCCCAGGACAUCCUAAUGGCUUCCAGGUGGCACCCAGCACAGCAGAAUGGCUACAAGUGCGUGGCCUGCUGCCGCAUGUACCCCACCCUGGACUUCCUCAAGAGCCACAUCAAGAGGGGAUUCAGGGAGGGCUUCAGCUGCAAGGUGUACUACCGCAAGCUCAAAGCCCUCUGGAGCAAGGAGCAGAAGGCCCGGCUGGGAGACAGGCUCUCCUCCGGCAGCUGCCAGGCCUUCAAUAGUCCUGCUGAACACCUUAGGCAAAUUGGCGGUGAAGCCUACUUAUGUCUCUAGAGAGAUGCCAAUAAAGUUAGUCACAGCCUUC